GAGCAAGGUCUAGCGCAAAUCGUGGCAGUGGCAACUCGCUGAGGCACUUCCUGUUGCAGGCUGCGGUGCCGCGGUGAUUCGUGGCAACUGCCUCGACUCUGUGGCAACUGCCGCGGCGAGUUGUGGCAACUGCCUCGACUCUGUGGCAACUGCCUCGUGUGUUUACUCGGUCAAGAGAGGUAGCUCGAGCGGUGCCAUGAGUUCGGGUACCGGUCCUUCGGUCGGGGGAGCUAAAUGGACCGGUGCUUCGAGUUAAAGGAGCUUUACCACGAUGUAUGGGCUUGAUUCCUCGGCUGGUAGCGGUACCGGGACUUUAAGGGAGAGGUGCCACGACCGCUAAGGGAGCCUUAGCUCUCGGCUGGUCGAGGUACAUGGAGUUCAAUGGAGAGGUGCCACGACCGCUAAGGGAGCCUUAGCCCCGGUCGAGGCAGGCAGCUCGAGCGGUACCGCGGGUUCAGGUACCGGUCCCUCGGUCGGGGGAGCUAAAUGGACAGAUGCAUUGUGUUAUAGGAUCGUUACUACGAUGUAUGGGCUUGAUUCCUCGGCUGGUAGCAGUACCGGGACUUUAAGGGAGAGGUGCCACGACCGCUAAGGGAGCCUUAGCUCUCGGCUGGUCGAGGUACAUGGAGUUCAAUGGAGAGGUGCCACGACCGCUAAGGGAGCCUUAGCCCCGGUCGAGGCAGGCAGCUCGAGCGGUGCCACGGCUGUAAAGGUAACGGUGCUACGGAGGGUGAGGGUGCUGCGAUUGUUUGGGAGAAGUGCAGUUUCCGUUACUUUUAGUAUUUCAACAAUAUAUGACCGUAUAAUACAUUUUAAGUGAGUUGCCGCGUCGAGUCGUGGCAGCUGCCACAACUUCACGACAGCUGCGUCGACUUUGCGGUAAUGGUGGCUUGACUGUUCCCGUUUUCUUUUCAUAUAUUGACAAUACUAUGCGGUCAUUGAGAGUAUUAGUAUUGUUAGUUGUAAUUGGUUUAGUCAUAAAACGCCGAUAAGUGAUACAAUGGCUUCCCGUUUAAGUCCAGCUAAGAUAAUAUGGACUAAGACCAGUUUGCCCUUGUUGCCUUGGUAACAAAAACCACUUUCCGGCAGCUCCCCGAAGGAAUGCAAAUUGUAAAUAUUGGUAAGAUGCAUUGUAACGUUUAAAAUAUCAUAAGAUCAAGAUCCCAUAAAACCUAAUGGGUUUUAUAUGUGUGUGUGUGUAUAUUUGUAUAUACUUGCUGCAGCAGCUGGUAUAGCUUGCAAAGAAGUAAUCUCGACAUGCAGCUGUACAAUAACAAGUAACGUCUUAGAGAGUCGCUUUUGUUUUUGUUUGUCGCUUGUAUAAACAAAUAUAAGAAGGAUGACUACUUCUAAGUCAGUGUGUUUAUAUGUAUAUAUAAUGUGUUACACAUUUUUUCCACAUCAUUCAAGUUAUUUAGCCACAAGAGUAUAUAGUAUAUCUUUAGUUUGUUGUUGUUUACUAUGUUUUUGAGCACUUUUUAAUAUCACUCUAUACUUUUUGUAAACAGUAACCGUACUUAACUUUAUUAAUUUAUUGUGAGAAGUAAUUUGUUCGCCUGGCUGUUUUUCAGACACUAGUCUGCUGGUGUAGUUGCUUUGUGUGACACAUAUAGCACUGCCUGCUUAUGUUGCCUAAAUGUUGUGAAUAUAACCCUUAUAUCAGGGAUGGGCAACUUAAAUGAUUGAGGGGGAAGCGCACUUCCUAGCAAGAUUUAUGACAAAAAUGGCCCGGGGCAGCCAGUUGCCCAUCCCUCCUUUUAUAUCAUCAUGUGAAUUCACACAGGUUUUUUUGUUGUUAUAUAGCUUGAAGAAAUGUAUGUUAUGUGUAAAAUUGUAUAUCAUUGUCUAAUUUACUUUUAAACCUCCAAACAAAUCCAAUUGUGUGUUUGCCUCAUUGUUGAAGUAUUUCAAUGUGAUUUAUGUGUUCUAGCCUAAACAAUUGAUAUUUAUUUGGUGAAAUCAGCUAUUAAAUUAUACGUACUAUUUCCAAAGUGCAAAGACUUGAUCAAAGUUUGUCACACACACGCAAAAUGAACAAAUACUCUUUGCAUUUCUAUUCACGCCACAGAUAUUGGCAAAAUAACAAGAGACCCUCUAGUCCUGCCUCUUGAUUACGACAAUGCUAUAAUACAACACAGAUUCAUCAUCUGCAGGCAUAAUAUACCAACAACAUGAUUUGUCCAAGCUGAUCAAAAAAAAUAAAUCGACAAGUUCCGUUUAAUCUUUUUUUCAUUCAUUCUAAAUGGAGUGUAAUUUAAUUGUGGGUGAGCAUGCGUAUCUGCAACAUCACUUACUUGACUGUCACAAUGCUGGCUAACAGCGGUUUUGCACGUCAAGUUGACAUCACUGUAAUCACAGAAUCUGGUAGUUCAUUCAAAGACAUAAUAUCUUUCGCAUUGCUGAAGACACGUCAGGAGGUGACAGAGAAAGCAAAGUAGUGGUAAGAAAUGUUCAAAUCUUUGCAAUAAAAAACCAAGAUGCAAUUACAGAGAUGAUUUUGAGUCCAGUAAUUUAUAUAGAUGUAAAUACUGGUAACUCAGAUUAUAUACUGAUAUUCAAUUUUAAAUGGGUAUUGAUGGCUUGAUUAUUGUUUGUUCAUAUAAUCACAUACCCAUUAUUUCACAAAGUAAAGAUGACACUUUUAGGUGUUAAAUGAAACAGAUUUUCAUGUAUUAUUAAUUCAUUAUUGUAUUUGUUUAAUUUGUACCUCAAAUGCUCUAUAACUUUUAAUAAUUAAUUUGUUACGACAAACUUCCCGCUGUCCUUCCCAUGGAAGAGGAAGAACAAGAGGAAACUCUUCAGGACCUCCACAAUUGGGAAGAUGACCUAAACGAGGACUCUCCAGCGGAGCUUUUUACUUUUAUUUUCGAACAAAAGAAGCACUACCAAAAGUUCUGCACUGCAAUGCUAGAUGAAAAAAAUUUGAAAGCAUUUGCAAAGUUUGAGCAACAGUAGUGCUGACAAUUUGCUCAAACUAGUGGACGCACACCUCGAGAUGUGCAAUUGAAAAUAUAUAAAUAUAUGAAGCAUUUUGAAUUAAAAGAUUUGCCUCAAAAUGACCUUUGCCAAAAGGGUGACCUUCCACAAUGAAAAAAAAUGUUUGGGCUUGCAUUGUAAACCUCUUGUGUGGAAUGAAUUUAUGUCAAUUUGAUUUACCUACCAAGACAAAUAGAAACUACAUACUUAGUGGUAGGUGUCACCAUAACUAUAAUUGGAAUUUACAUAUGUAAGCUAUGUAGAUAGAUAUGCAAGAGUACACAACUUGUGUCUUCCUAUUACCACUAGCUGGUUAUAUUAAUACUAAUCAAAAUUGUCACAUGGCUAUCUUCAGGGAGGAGAGGAGACUAAAACAUGGCAGUUGAUUUACAAUACAUUUCUUUUUCAUGGCAAAUGGUUUUUUUUCCACCACCAUCCAACGGGUACAUAGUGUGUACAAAGUCUAUGAUCCUUUAAUAACUACUUCCAACUACAGUCCUGUCAAGACAGACAUAAAAGAAAAUAAGUUACAUGAAAAUGUGUCCAUUGGUAUGUAGUACAAAAAUAUGUAUAUCUAUCAAAAAGAUUUCAGGGGUUCUUAUUAUUUCAAAUGUUAUAAUGCAUCUUAUCUAUAUUUUAAAUGUGUUUACUGUUACCAAGGCAACACGUGCCCGUAGUAGUUCAGCUGGACUUAAACGGCAAGCCAUUGUAUCACUUAUCGGCGUUUUAUGACUAAAUAAAUUACAAAUAACACUAGUACUGUUAAAGGGCGUAUUGUAUUGUCACCUGCUGGCCAAUUAUAAAACAUAAAUGUCACCUAUUUGGCAAACAAAAACGGCAAGUGUCGAGGCACCACUGCCGACAAGUCGAGGCAGUUGUCGUAAAAACGGCAAAGCGUCGAGGCACCACUACCGCAAAGUCGACGCAGCUGUCGUGAAGUCGUGGCAGCUGCCUCGGGGUCGAGGCAGUUGCCACAGAGCCGAGGCAGUUGCCACAGAGUUGAGGCAGUUGCCACAGAAUCGAGGCAGUUGCCACGAAUCACCGCGGCAGUUGCCACAGAGUCGAGGCAGUUGCCACGAAUCACCGCGGCACCGCAGCCUGCAACAGGAAGUGCCUCAGCGAGUUGCCACUGCCACGAUUUGCGCUAGCUCCUACUGCAAAUGUAUUCCGUUUCAAAUCGGUCAAAUAAAAUCGGCAUAAUGGAGGUAAAGAGUGUCCCGGACAAGUCUCAAUGUGGAACCGUGAAGAGGUGUAUUUUGAUUAGUGAUUAGAAUGGGUCAUCGCUAUGCUAGCUGGAAGGCUCCUUAAGUCUUAAAGCACGUUGGCUAACAAGGGCAACACUAGCUGUGUUAACGACCACAGUGUUAAUCUAAAGCAUCCAAUGUGUGCCAUGAAAUGACUUGUCUGAGGUGGAAAUACGUAACGUUACCUCUUUACAGGGCUUUCUUCUCCUCCUGCUGCUGCUUUUCUUCGUUCCUUUGCACCAGAGUUUGCACUGAUGUUACGUUAGCUUGAUCCGAGUGUGACCAUUGCCUUGCAACGCACGCAACCAUAAGCUCCGCUGCGCGUGACCGUCGCGCCCCCACCAAACACAUACAACAUACCGUACAUAUGGCGGGGGCGCCAUGUUUAUUUGUUUUAAUCAUGGUUUUAUUUCACCUGGGUUUUAUUUCGUUAAUCAAAGUUGUUGGAAGAAAGAUGCGUUAUGCUAAGGGGCGCUACCCACAAACUUGGCGCCCUAGGCGGUCGCCUUGGUCGCCUAUAGGAAGAGCCGGCCCUGCAUGUACAUAUAUUGAACAUUUUCCCACUUGGUCCUUAAUGCAAUUUAUUUAAUGAUAUUUAUGGUCUGCUGCAGUAUUAAUAACUAUUUAAGCUGUGUUCACAACAUAGCAUGAUAAACAACUAAAAUGUUGGCCAGAACGAAAAGAACGUGGAUAAUACCGGAAUAAAUAAAAAUCGAUAUAUAUUUAAUAAAAACGAGAGCACGUACAAAUACGCACGCACGCGCGCCCUAAAUUGCCAUGGCAACCGAACGAUGACCCGACCGAGGGUAUUUAAGGUCAGCGGACUUUCUGAACGUUCCUUUUGCACUUUGACUUGAACACGAACUUUAAACCUCCUGUGAAAGCAAACUGCUGAGAACGAAAUCUUUGAGUUUUUGACUGCUGGACGGAAUCUACUGGAUACGAAUAUUGUUGGAGAAGUGAACGACUACAUAACAUCUUUUGUGGAGCACAGACGAGGCUGAAACAGGCCCUCAGGAGCGGCGGAGCAUCGAGGACGACCACCUGCUGAAGGAAGUUGGCUGUGAUUGGAACCUUCGGUGUUCAAAUGGCCCGACGGUGCAGCUACACCAGCGUCCAGAUCCCGGACCCUAACCGGCCCGGGAUCCUGCGGACCAUCCUCAGGAUCAGAGGACCGGCCUCCCUGAUCGGCACCUUACCUGGGCCGUCUCCUCCCUCCUCUGCUACCUUCUCCUUUCCCUCUUCUUCUAGCUCCUCCUCUAAUUCUUCUGGCUCCUCUUCUAGUUCUUCUAGCUCCUCCUCUAAUUCUUCUGGCUCCUCUUCUAGUUCUUCUAGCUCCUCCUCUAAUUCUUCUGGCUCCUCUUCUAGUUCUUCUGGCUCCUCUUCUAGUUCUUCUAGCUCCUCCUCUAAUUCUUCUGGCUCCUCUUCUAGUUCUUCUAGCUCCUCCUCUAAUUCCUCUGGCUCCUCUUCUAGUUCUUCUAGUUCUUCUAGCUCCUCCUCUAGUUCUUCUUCUCGCUCCUCCUCUAGUUCUUCUUCUCGCUCCUCCUCUAGUUCUUCUUCUCGCUCCUCCUCUAAAUCUUUCCGUAGCAUCCCCUCAAUUUCCACCCAUGGACAAGGUAAGUCUUUAAAGGUAAGUCCCCAUGAACCAUUAUCUAAAAGGAGCUGUGCUAGAGUGGAGUGCGUAUACCAGUUAAACAGCCGGUGGUUUAAAAGAGCCACUGGUACUCCAGACAUUAAACCUUUGCCUAAGCCUCCUCAGGGACCCAGGGAACCAUCGCAGGUAAGUCCCCCUAAGCCUCCUCAGGGACCCGGGGAACCAUCGCAGGUAAGUCCCCCUAAGCCUCCUCAGGGACCCGGGGAACCAUCGCAGGUAAGUGCCCCUAAGCCUCCUCAGGGACCCGGGGAAGCAUCGCAGGUAAGUCCUGGUGAGUAUCGGCCGUUAUGGGACCAGCCUGAGCCAGAUUGGGUGGUAGAUAUGAGGGUUUAUCUAGAGUGGAGAGACCAGUUUGACAGCUGGUGGUGCAAUAGACGCACUGAUGCUCCAGGUAAUAUUAGGAACCAUAAUCCAAAUAAGAAUGUUUAUUCGUUUGAAAAGAAUUUAUCUGAGUUUGAAAUUACUUACAUGGAGUAAAAUGAUUUACAUGUUUACAUUCAUUUUUAAGUUUCAUCAUGCUGUAUUUUUUGUAUUAAGUUGUAUUUAUUUGUAUGUUUUUAUUUGAUAGUAUUUCAGUAAUAAUACACUUUCAAUCCAGAAACCUGCUCAACCUCCAGCUUGGUCCAGAUCCAGGCCUGACACCUCCAUCCUUCAGUCUUCAAGCAGUCUGCAGUCUUCCUGAAGCGCCAUCUCUGGUCCGUGCCGCUGACCUGAAACUCACCUCCACUUGGCUUAACAUCUACAAUCUUCCGCUCCUGGCCUGAGCCUUCACCCGACACCUCCAUCCUUCAGUCUUCAAGCAGUCUGCAGUCUCCUGGACCGCCAUCUCUGGUCCGUGCCGUUGAUCUGAAAGCCACCGCCAAGAGAUGGUCCCUUCUACGACCGUCGGUCAACCUGCUGGACUUCGCCUCACCACACUUCGGGCCCCCUGACACGCCCGUAUCUCUCGUGGGUCAAGGAUUCUGUGAAGGGCCCACUCUUGGAACCAGAAAGUCGUGGACUACUGGUGUUUUUCCGUUUUGUGGUUUUUGUCAUCUGACUCAACAAAAUAAACCUUUUUGUUUUACCCCAACUGAUCUGGUCUGCGUCUGGGUCCUGUCCGAGGUAACCGUGACAGUUAUGUUCCAGGAAGCUGUGGUGAAGGAGCUCAGAUGAGGUUUUUAUUAAGUAGAGCCUUAAUGUCUGCACUGGUGCCUUUGGACCAGAUAAUAUGUCCACCCAGUCACACAGGUUGUUGAUGGUCAAGAAGCUACAGCUGUGUAUUACUGUUCUACCUCUUCCUCGAAAGGCCUAUACAGAUUAACUCUGGGUUU